AUGAUGAAGAAGGAGGAGAAGAAGAGAGAGGAUGAGGAGAAAAUGAAAAAGACGAAGAAGCAGAGGAGGAGGGGGAACAGGAGGAAAAAAGGAAAAAGAAAAAAAAAGAAGAAAAUGAGAAAAAGAAGAAAAGAUGAAGCAAAAGCAAAGGAAGAGGAAGGAGAAGAAGAAAAAAGUAAAAGAGGAAAAAGGAAAAGAAGAAAAAUAAAAUAA